UGACUCAAAGACCAAAGGACAGGUCUUUUCUAUAUAUGAGGGCAACUGACCAGACAACUGGAUCAUUUCAAACCUUUCCAAGAGAGACUGAGAGAGAAAACUGACAGAGCCGUACAACAUGAAUGUGAAAACGCACGCAAGAAACCUCAACAGGAACAAGAGGUCCUUUAGAGGAGGAGCUGCGCAGAGCACCAUGAUAAAGGCCACCAACCUGCAUAGGAGGUGUUGUUGGAGUUUGUCCACAUCCAAACUCCAACAAGAUGUGCACCAGCUCAAUCAGAUGCUGAUUAGAGAGAAGGACCAAUGCUAUAGAGAGAAGAUGGCGAGGAUGGUGCAGAGUAAAGACUUGGAUAUCACCAAGAAACAACUGAAGAAAGAGAGACAACUCAAAAUGACAUUCAUCAACAGGUGCAAAUAUCUGGAGGGACUCCUGGGUGACAGCACAGGAGAGAAUUAUCUCAUGCACUUAGGGAGCCCCGACAAAAUAAAGCAGACCUCUAAUGGCUUUGAAGCAACGCAAGAAGACCCCACGACCAGUAACAAGGUCUUAGCAGAUCUCAAGGCAGAGGUGAACAAGAACAAACUACUGCAAGAAGAACUGGACAAGGUCUUAGCAGAUCUCCAGGCAGAGGUGAACAAGAACAAACCACUGCAAGAAGAACUGGACAAGGUCUUAGCAGAUCUCAAGGCAGAGGUGAACAAGAACAAACUACUGCAAGAAGAACUGGACAAGGUCAAAGCUGCUCACAAUGAGAUGGGUGUCAGGUACAAAGAUGACAUGCUCAGUGCCAUGCAGAUGAUGAAGACCCUCAAAUGUGAAAUUCAGUUACAAAUGGAGGUGCACGCUGACCUGGUGCAAGACCAUGCUGACUUAACAUCUCUAACAUUGGACAAUACUAUCUGUCAAGAGAUGUUAGAGGAAAACAAGGGGCUUCACGCUGAGAUCCAAAGUACCAGGCAGCAGAUUGAGACCCUUCAGCAUGAGCUUCAGAAGAUCCAGACUCACUCUGACAACGUGUCACAUUACAAGGAUGCCCUCGCAGCUUUGACGGUGGAGCACAAUGCAAUCUGUCAGGAAAUGGUAGAGGUGAAACAGAGCUACGAAAACGACAUGAUCAGUGCCAGGCAAAUGGUGGAAGCCCUUCAGCUUGAGCUUCAAGAACAUAGGCAGACUCAAGCUGACAAAGUGUCCCGAGACCAGUCCGUCAUCAUGGCCUUAAAGGCUGAACACCAUGCCACAUGCCAGAAGAUGGCACAGGAGAUGGCUGACCUGCAGAAGAGUGCCCUCCAAGAAAAGCAGAUGAUGGUGAAAGAACUGGAGAGAGUCAACACUAAGCUCAAUGCCCAGAAAGACUACGAGGAGCUCAAAGAGCUGAAGACCACGGGCGUGGGUGUUUUCAGAGCAGCAAUUCUGGAGGAGAGGAACAAAGUCAGCCAACUCCUAGAAUACCUGGAGAGGUACGAAGCGAAACACCAGGAGCUGAAUGACAAGUACACAUCUGAAGUACUUAGUUUCCGACAGCAGGCUGAGAACCAGAAGCAGAAGUUUGAAACAGAGAUCCAGUCUUACUCUGACAAGCUGACACAAAGCCAAAAGCACAUCUCCCACCUGAGGGCCGAACAGGACGCCCUACGCCUGAGAGUUGAGCUCUCAGCAGCUCCAACAUAAAACUGAGCCAUGACUUUGGCAACAAUAAAAAUAAAAAAUGCAUAUAAAGUUA